AUGCUUACCAUUGUUCUUGACGGCGUUUUCCAGCAGCUUGCGGAAUCAGAAGAAAAAGGGAACCACCUUGCGAUUUUGCUGUCAAAAUUGCUUCACACUUUGCAGGGCAACUUUGCCAAGCCUGGUUUUUGGUGGAUUGAAGAAGAAAUUGAAAGAAUUUUGAGGGAUUUUAAAGAGGAGCCGUGGCUUUUCCCAGACGUUGCGAGCGGUUUCUCUGAGCGUAACCAACCAGCAGUUAUGAAGAAGGCCUCACUGAGAUUUCUCGUUCUCCAAAGGUUCUCUAGACCCAGGUGUGAGAUGGAACCAGCAAAAAUAAAAAAGGGGCAACCAGUUUGGGGACUCGCGCACACAAAAGAAAUAAGUUAG